AUGGACUUGAACUUCAAACACUGUCAGGGCGGGUCAGUCACGGAACACAGCCGGUCACAUGACACCGAGUCUCCGACCAUCAACAAACAACGGGAGGAUAAAACCAGCGUGCAGACCGGAGUCCUGCCGAUGACAGCCUGGCCCCGCACCAACCUGCGCACAAUACUACCCACAGUGCACCUGUCCCCGCGGCCGGACGCCCCACCGGACCUUUUUUAA